AUGACUGAUGAAGAAUCAAUUGAUUUGAUUGCUUCAAAAAUUCAUCUUCUACAAAGAUCUCAAUUUAUUAAUCUACCAUUGUUACCAUUAUUACUAUUAUCGGAUUUUAAUUCAUCAUCAAUUCAGAAUAACUUAUCAACCUCUAAAAAUUAUGCAAAUCCUCCUCCUACAAGUUUUACUAUGAAUAGUAAUAAAGAUGUGGAGAAAAACAAAUCUUCACUAAGAAAUUCCAAUCAUACAAAUGAUUGGUCUAGAUUAAAUAAUAUAUCUGAUACAAAGGAACGUAGUUUCUUUCGACGUUUACUUAUGUCCUAUUGGUGUCCUAGACCUAUAAAUGGAGCUCAAAUGUUACUCGAAGAAUUAAAAUAUUCAUAUUGUUUCUCUACUGGAAUUGACAACUUGGACAAUCUACUUAAUGGAGGUUUAAGAACCAGUGAAAUUACAGAAAUAAUCGGUAAAUCUUCUUGUGGGAAAACUCAAUUCUGCCUUUCUGUAUGUGCUUCUGUACUUCGAAAUUAUAAAACUGUGUCCAUCAUCUAUCUGGAUACAAAGGGUGAUUUUAUUGCAGAUAGAUUACUAGAAUAUCUUAAAAAGCAAAAUCUCAAACACGCUAAUGUGCCGACGAAUGCAGCAACAAAAGAUGAAUAUGGAACUUCCAAUGUUCCAAACCGUGAUAUCAAACAAUAUCUCACUAGGAUUCGUUGUUGUUUAGUACCAACAUUUGGCCAUCUCAUUGAUUCACUAAUAACCAUACGAAUGCAUAUAGAUAAAGCACAACGUCAUCUACAUAGUUUAUCCACUCCUACUGAAGAAUUUUUCUCAAAUUGUAAACUUAUUAUUAUAGAUAGUUUAACAAUUCCAUUUUUAUCGUGUAUGUCCACUUUACCACAAUUGGGUAUAUCACAACUUGCUCUUAUUAUAUCUGAACUACAACGUUUAUCUACAUUAUAUCAUUGUACUAUCUUAGUUACUAAUCAUGCACGAUCUCAAUUUAUUAAUUUUUUAAAUAAACAACAAUUUAAUCGAAAUUCAUGUUCAUUACCACCAACUUCAAUUGGUUGCCUUGGUAUCAAUUGGUCAUUAAUACCGAAUCAUCGUGUUUUGUUUGAAUGUUUAACACAAUGGACAAACUCUCUAUCUUGUAAAAUUAAAGUUCAAUUAGUAAAUAAUAAUUUACAUAAAAUAAAUAAACAAACAAAUCAUUGUAAUAAACAUCAAUGUAAUUCUGAAACAGUUUGGGAAUUUACUGUGUAA